AGAGGAGAGGAGGGGAGGGGCUCGAGAGUCCUGGAAGUCCGGCAGCUCCUGGGCCAAGCACAGCCUAGCGGGGUCCCAGAGGGCGCCCGGGUGGCAGCUCCGCUGCUGCAGCUGAGCAGGGGCGGGGGGCCCGCACGCCGCUGGCCCCCUAGGGCACCAUGGACUGGCUGACUCAGCGCUGCCCGCCGCUUGCUGCCCAGAGCUGCCUUCGCCCCGGCUGCCUCUCCUGGCUCCUGGUGGUGAUGGCCUUCCUCCUCUCAUACCCUGUGCUGAGGACCAUCAGCCUCCAACUCCACUCAGCGGUUACUGGCAGCUACCUCUCUGGGACUCACUCAGUUGCCUUUGUCAACUGCCCCAAUGAACAGAUCGCCAAAGAUAUAGCAAGGACCAUCCUAGAUAAGAAGCUGGCUGCCUGCGUGAAUAUCCUGCCGAGAGCCUCCUCUCUGUACUUUUGGAAGGGAGAGAUUGAAGAAGCCACUGAAAUCCUUUUGUUAGUGAAAACGAAGACUUCAAAAAUACAUGAACUCUCUAACUACAUCAGAUCAGUUCAUCCUUUUGAAAUUCCUGAGCUCUUCAGCCUACCCAUCGACCAAGGAAACCCUCUUUAUUUAAAGUGGAUUGAGGAAGGGGUAGCUGAGGACUGAGCAGAGGCCCACUCUGCUUUCUGGUGUGACAGUUCUCACACUGUCUUUCCUAUUGGGGAGAGCUCGGUAGAGAGCUUGGCAGGAGAGACAGUUGCUGUCCCUGGGAUUGCAAUACAUUUAGAAGAUAAUUAACUUAUGGAUUCUGAUGCUUAUGUUAGCUCUUUGCCUAUUCCAGGUAAUGAGCAGAAGAGGUGAAAGCAUAUUGAAUGGGAAAGAAGAUAACUAUGUACUUCAACCCCUCCUCUCCCCUCAUGAUGAGAGUUUAAUUCUUUAAGGGGAUGGUUGUGAGCGUUCCACCCUGCCUCUCUUGCCUGUCACCCACUACCACACAGACUUACAGAUGUACCACCAGCCCAUGGAAUGUCCCCUUUUCACAGAAUGGAGCCCUUAGUAAAAAAUGGGAACUAGGCUGAAUUGGGUCUGCUUUUCAGUUGUCUUUAUUGCUUCUGUUAGGAAGAGACCUGG